AUGGCGGACCUCACGCCAGAGCAGAAGCUGGCUCUGAUCAGAGAGAACUUGCAGGAGAUUAUCGAUGUGGAGAUUAUCGAGGAGGUUCUCAAGACUCGCGAUCUCAAGGUCUAUUUCGUCGCGCAACUUUUGGCAGCGCAAUGCCAUGUCAAGAUCCUUCUCGCCGACAUCCACGGUUUCCUCGACAAUCUUAAGGCCCCGAUUGAACUAGUCAACUUCAGAGCAGACUACUACCAGUUUGCAAUCACAUCUAUGCUCAAAGCAGUUGGUGUCAGCAUCGACAAGCUGGAGUUCAUCAAGGGUUCCUCCUACCAGAAAGGCCCCGAGUAUGCUAUGGAUGUCUACAAGCUAUGCUCAGUAGUCUCCGAGCACGAUGCAAAGAAGGCGGGCGCCGAAGUUGUCAAACAGACAGGAAACGCGCCCCUUAGCGGUUUACUUUACCCUAUUCUCCAGGUCCUUGAUGAGCAGCAUCUCGACGUUGAUGCUCAAUUCGGAGGUAACGACCAGAGGAAACUGUUCACCGCAGCCAAGGAGUGGCUACCAAGAAUCGGUUACAAGCAGCGCGCUCAUCUUCUUAGUCCCAUGGUUCCAGGUCUGCAAGGCGGCAAGAUGAGCGCAUCAGACCCCAACAGCAAAAUUGAUCUCCUCGAUCCCCCCGACGUCGUGACUAAGAAGCUGAAAAAGGCCGAGUGUGUUCCGAAGGUUACUGAGGGCAAUGGCGUGUUGAGCUUUACAGAAUACGUGUUGCUACCAGCCGGUGCCCUAAAGUACGGCAGACCGGAGUUCCGUGUGGAUAGAAGCCGGGACAACCUCCCGGAGCUCGUCUACACAUCGAUAAAGGAGAUGCACGAAGACUACAAGAACGAUGUCUUGACACCCCAGCUUCUCAAGCCCGCUGUAACGAAGGCCCUUAUUGACCUGAUGGCACCUAUACAAGCAGAAUUCCAGGCCUCGCAGGCAUGGCAGGAGAUUAUGCCCAAAGCCUACCCGCCAGAGGAAGCGAAGAAGAAGGAGAAGAAGGUUAAGGACAAGGGCUCACGGCACCCCGGAGGCAAAAAGCCUGAGGCGAAGUCAGAAAGCGCCAUAGCAGAAGCUGGCGAUGCACCCGCAGCCUCGUCGGAAUUGCCUAUCCGAUCAUCUUAG